UGUCAUAGUACAAGGAAGAGAAUGAGAGUGAAUAGUGUGUACUGUGUACAAACAGAGAAGGUUAAUUGGGUGAGGGAACAGGUAAGGAACUUGAGAAAGAGGUGGCUGUCUGCAGAUAAAUUCGAUCCCCGGACUGGUUGGAAACUCAAGCAUCCAUAAGUGAAACCUCUUUGGUGUAUAUAACACUGAACCUGCCUUUAGCAGUCACCACAAAACCUUAUCUGCUGCUGGACCUGGACAGAGAGAAACACCAAGGCAAGGAUCAACAUGUCACUCACCACCAUCCUUUCAGCUGAGGCUAUUGAAAAUGCCGUUAAGGACUGUCAAGCUCCAGACUCAUUUUGCUACAAAAAGUUCUUCCAGUUGUGUGGCCUGUCUUCAAAGACUCCCCAGGAGAUCAAAGAUGUCUUUCAGAUACUUGAUGAGGACAACAGUGGCUACAUCGAGGAGUCUGAGCUCAAGUAUUUUCUGCAGCGGUUUGUCCCGGGAGCGCGAACACUGACUGAAGCAGAAACUAAGACCUUUAUCUCAGCAGCUGAUGACAACAACGAUGGCAGAGUUGGAGUGGAGGAAUUCCAGACUAUGGUUCUGUCCUAAAAUUUCUGAAUAAAGGCAGCCCUGGUAUUCCAUCAUCUCCCUAUCUGCAGAGUCUUCAUGGCCCAGCCUAAAACCCCAAGAAUCUCUUUUCUAUUAAAACAGUGUGUUUUUGUUUUACAUUAAAUGAAUUUUGUCCAAGACAUAUGAUGUUUACUUUGUUUAUCUACUGGGUUGGUCCAUGUUUUCUUGUCUAUGCACAUCCCUCCUCUGAAAAUAACUGACACGAAUAAACAUGU